AUGGAUUGGAACGCUCACCUCGAGUUCCUCAGAGAACUCAUCAUCUCCGCAGCCAUCCUCACUUUCGGACAUUACACCAAUAUCAUCCCCUUAACAUCCUUCCUCGGCGUCUCAAGCCCAAAUUACAUCCUCCCCCCGCUAUCCGUUCUGAUCGGCCAUCUCCUCUGGCACAUCUUCGCCCCGGACGCUCGUCCGGAGGAUCCAACUGAGUAUCUCAUCCUUGCGCGGGCGUACUUCUUCAACUUCGCGAUUCUAAUGUGGGCCAUCUUUCUUUUCCCAUUUCUCUUCGUCGCUUUAGUCUCUGCCAUAGGCCUUGUGUUACCGUUCGUCGUUUUAUGGGGAGUUUACCGAUGGUACAAACCUAAACCUGCGCCAGAGGUUGACGAGUUUGGAUGGAGGCACGACGUUAACACGACUAGACUGAGGGAGCCCUACGCUUUGGACGACUUCCCUGAAGAUAACGUGUUUUUGAGGUUUGGAUUUUCCAAUCAGUAA